CGUGCCCCAGGAAGCCACACUUCACCGGGCUCUGGAUAAUAGCCCUGUCAGGAAGUGGGAUACUUUUAUAUUUCACAUUUGGAAACACAUUCCUGGGAUAUUAAGCACUUUUUUCAAGUUUUCCUUUCCUUUGGGCUUACCUGCGCAAAAAAAAAUAAUAAUAAUAACAACGACGUCUCCUAAUAAUCGGAAAACACCUGCCGCCACCAGGAAAAGGGGCACAGAGAGAGAGAUCUGACAAACUCCUCCGGACGGACACCUGUUCUUGUGGUGGACAACUUAUUAUACACCAUGUAAAAGGCGUGAUCACACUGAAAAUAUGAUGCGGUCUGCCACAGUUCUGUAGUUUUUAUUUUCAUUAAAGAGGGACAUAUCCUACCAGGGCAUGUCUGUCCACGAGUUGUACACAAAGUAUACUCGGGUAUGGAUCCCAGACCCAGACGAGGUGUGGAAGGCCGCAGAGAUCACAAAAGACUUCAAAGAAGGAGACACCAUUCUGCACCUCAAACUAGAGGAUGAAACGCCACUGGAGUAUGCUGUUAAUCCCCCCAAAACCCCCCUCCCGUUCCUGCGUAACCCAGACAUCCUGGUCGGAGAGAAUGACCUCACGGCUCUCAGCUACCUGCAUGAGCCGGCAGUCCUGCACAACCUGCGAGUGCGCUUCCUUGAGUCCAACCACAUCUACACGUACUGUGGAAUUGUGCUUGUUGCUAUAAACCCGUAUGAGCAGCUUCACAUUUAUGGAGAGGAGGUCAUCGAUGCCUAUAGUGGCCAAAACAUGGGCGACAUGGACCCACAUAUAUUUGCAGUAGCUGAAGAGGCAUACAAGCAAAUGGCCAGAGAUGAGAGGAACCAGUCCAUUAUAGUGAGUGGUGAGUCUGGAGCUGGAAAAACUGUCUCUGCUAAGUACGCCAUGAGGUACUUUGCCACUGUUGGGGGGUCGGCCAGUGACACAAAUGUUGAGGAGAAAGUGAUGGCUUCCAGUCCAAUCAUGGAGGCUAUUGGAAAUGCAAAAACGACUCGAAAUGACAACAGCAGUCGUUUUGGAAAAUACAUUCAGAUUGGUUUCAGCAAACAUUACCAUAUAAUUGGGGCUAAUAUGCGAACAUAUCUGCUUGAGAAGUCUCGAGUGGUCUUUCAGGCAGAGGAUGAGAGAAAUUACCACAUUUUCUACCAGCUGUGUGCCUCCUCCAGUUUACCGGAAUUCAAAGAUCUAGGACUUGGGAGUGCAGAAGACUUCACCUACACUUCAUUAGGGGAAAAUAUUUUCAUUGAAGGGGUUGAUGAUGCAGAAGAUUUUAAAAAGACAAGAGAAGCAUUUACACUAUUGGGUGUAAAAGAGAGCUCUCAAAGUGGUAUUUUUAAAAUUAUGGCAUCAAUCCUGCAUCUAGGAAAUAUUGAGAUCUGCUCAGAGAGGGACGGUGACUCCUGUCGCAUCUUGAAAGAUGACCCGCACCUGAAACAUUUCUGCAGACUUCUCGGGGUGGAGCAGCAGCAGAUGGAGCACUGGCUCUGUCACCGGAAGUUGGUCACAGCGUCAGAGACGUACGUGAAGACCAUGUCCUUGAAACAGGCUGUCAAUGCCCGGGAUGCCCUGUCGAAACACAUCUAUGCACGCAUGUUCGACUGGAUCGUGGAGCAUAUCAACAAAUCCCUGCAGACAUCCUCUAAACAGCACUCCUUCAUCGGUGUCCUGGACAUUUAUGGCUUUGAAACAUUUGAAGUGAACAGUUUCGAGCAGUUCUGCAUCAAUUAUGCCAAUGAAAAACUCCAACAACAAUUCAACUCACACGUGUUCAAGUUGGAGCAGGAGGAGUACAUGAAGGAGCUGAUCCCUUGGACGUUGAUAGAUUUUUAUGAUAACCAGCCUUGCAUUGAUCUGAUUGAAGCAAAACUGGGUAUCUUGGAUCUGCUGGAUGAAGAAUGCAAAGUGCCGAAGGGAACAGACCAAAAUUGGGCUCAGAAGUUGUACAAACAACACAACAACAGUGCUCAUUUUCAGAAACCACGCAUGUCCAAUAUCUCCUUCAUCAUCAUACACUUUGCCGACAAGGUUGAGUAUCAGUGUGAGGGAUUUCUGGAAAAAAACAGAGAUACUGUCUAUGAGGAGCAGAUAAACAUUCUCAAAGCCAGUGAGGUUCAGCUUGUGGCAGAUUUAUUCCAUGACAAAGACGCCGCUCCUGUCUCGAAGUCAUCCAGAGUGAAUGUUCGAGCAGCAAAGACCGCCCCAAAAGCCCCCAACAGGGAACACAAGAAAACAGUUGGACACCAGUUUCGUAGCUCGCUGCACCUCUUGAUGGACACGCUCAAUGCCACCACCCCUCAUUAUGUGCGCUGCAUCAAACCCAAUGACUUGAAAGAGGCAUUCUCGUUCGACUCACGGCGGGCUGUGCAGCAGCUCAGGGCGUGUGGAGUUUUGGAGACGAUUCGCAUUAGUGCUGCUGGAUAUCCCUCACGAUGGACAUACCCAGAUUUCUUCAGCAGAUACAGAGUUCUGAUGAAAAAGUCAGACUUGUCAGUAGCAGACAAAAAGGUGUCAUGCAAAAACCUCCUUGAGACUUUAAUAAAGGAGCCUGACAUGUUUCAGUUUGGUAAGAGUAAAAUCUUCUUUCGUGCGGGACAAGUGGCUUAUCUGGAGAAACUUAGAGCAGACAAGUUUCGCGCGGCAUGUAUCAAGAUCCAGAAGACAGUGCGUGGGUGGCUCGGGCGAGUGCGGUACAGAAAGAUCCGCAAAUCUGCCAUCCUCCUUCAGAGAUUCGGGCGAGGAUACUUGGCUCGACGAUAUGCAGAAUACCUGCGCCUCACGCGUGCUGCCAUCAUCUGCCAGAAACGAUAUCGUAUGGUCAGAGAGCGACGGGCGUUUUUGAGAGUGAGAAGGGCCGUGGUCACUAUACAGGCCUACACAAGAGGCAUGUACACGCGACGUAUCUUCAGGGAGUUCAUGUUGCACCACAAGGCAAUGAUUAUCCAGAAACAUGUCCGUGGCUGGCUGCAGAGAAAGAAAUUCCGACGUGCGCGUAAUGCUGCCAUCAUCAUACAAUGUGCUUUCAGGCGCGUACGCGCUAAACGACAACUUAAACAUCUCAAGAUCGACGCAAAGUCUGCUCAGCAUCUGAAGAAGCUCAACACAGGAAUGGAAAAUAAAAUUGUUCAACUACAGAGGAAAAUGGAUGAACAGAGUAAAGACUACAAACAGCAGAAUGAGCAGCUUGUUAUAGUCAAUACAUCUUUGGGCACAGAAGUUACCAAGCUACAGAAGGAGCUGGAGCAGAUCAGAAGUCAAAAGAGCGACAGUGGUCAGGUGACCUCGCUACAAGAUGAACUGGAGCGACUGAGGGCUGCUCUGCAGGAGGCCUAUGCCCAGAGGAAGAUGAUGGAGGAGGAACACAGCACAGAAAAGAUGGGGUUGGAGCAGAGAGUUGUGGAGCUGGAGAAGGAAAAUGCUAUGUUAAAACGUGAAAAGGAAGAUAUGAACCAGAGAAUUUUGCUGUACUCAAAGAGCACUGAAGAGGGUCAAAAUACCAGAGAAAGCGUGCUACAGUCUGAGCUUGAUGCUGAGAGACAGCGAUACCAGAAUCUUGUGAAGGAGUAUUCAAGACUGGAGCAGAGAUAUGACAACCUCAAAGAGGAGAUGUCACUAUCUAAGUUUCAGCCAGGCCACAGAAGGAACCCGUCCAAUCAGAGCAGCUUAGAGUCAGACAGUAAUUAUCCGUCUAUUUCCACCUCAGAGGUUGGGGACACAGAGGAUGCCAUCCAACAAAUGGAGGACAUGGGAAUAGAAAAAGCUGCAAUGGACAUCAGUCUCUUUAUGAAGCUGCAGAAAAGAGUGCGAGAGCUGGAGCAGGAGAGGAAGAGACUUCAAACUCACAUUGACAAGAUGGAGGAACUUAACAAACGCAAGGGCCCGGAGCCAAGAAGCCCAACAACUGAGCAGGAAAAUGCUGAUCUGGCCUAUAAUAAUCUGAAGAGACAAGAGUUGGAGUCUGAGAACAAAAAACUGAAGAAUGACCUGAAUGAGCUGAGGAAGACCGUAGCAGAGAAGGCCUCACAAAACAACUCAUCCAAUGAGCUACAAGAUGGCUACAAUGUACUGCUCAGUCAGUUAAAGGCCGCCAACGAGGAACUGGAUGCACGAAAGGAAGAAGUGCUCAUUCUCCGCACACAGAUCGUCAGCAAUGCCCAGCAGCUGGAGAAGAACGGGCAUAUUGAGUGCACUGAAAUGCCUGAACUAAACAACAGUAAAGAGCCCAUUGACAAAGAGGAGGCAAUGAAAGCUUAUCAGGGAUUGUGUGAGUCUAAAAAACUCUUGGAGGCUCAGCUCCAGUCUCAGUCCAGGCAGCACAAAGAUGAGCUGGAGGCGCUACACACUCAGAUUGAAUUGCUAAAGGAUGACAUUGAGAAGAAACAGGAAAUGCUGAACUACACCAUGUCUUUGUCCCCUGAGGCACAGGUGGAGUACAGCGUCCAACAAGAAAUCACUCGUCUCACCAAUGACAACCUGGAUCUCAAAGAGCUUGUUGAAAAGUUGGAAAAGAACGAAAAGAAGCUGAAAAAGCAACUGAGGAUCUACAUGAAGAAAGUGCAGGAGCUUGAAGCAUUGCAGGCAGCGGCUCAGGCUAGCAGAGCUAAACCUCAGCUGAGUCGACAGGUGACAGUGCAGCGUAAGGAGAAAGACUUUGAGGGGAUGCUGGAGUACAGCAAAGAUGACGAGGCUCUUCUAAUCAAGUCUCUCAUCACUGAUAUCAGACCAAGUGUUGUGUCAGCCACAGUUCCUUGUUUGCCUGCAUAUAUUCUCUUCAUGUGCAUUCGACAUGCAGAUUACAUUAAUGAUGACCAGAAAGUGGAGUCUCUGCUCACCUCAACUAUUAAUGCAAUCAAGAAAGUCCUUAAGAAAAACAAUGAUGAUUUUGAAAUGACAUCCUUCUGGCUGGCCAACACAAGUCGCCUUCUCCAUUGUCUGAAGCAGUACAGUGGUGAUGAAGCUUUCAUGACCCAGAAUUCUCCAAAACAAAACGAGCACUGUUUGAAAAACUUUGACCUGGCCGAGUAUAGACAGGUGCUAAGCGACCUCUCGAUUCAGAUCUACCAGCAGCUCGUCAAAGUGGCUGAGGGCAUCAUUCAACCUAUGAUCGUGUCGGCCAUGUUGGAAAGUGAAAGCAUCCCGAGCCUGGCUGCUGUGAAGCCCACGGGAUACAGGAACCGAUCCUCAAGUAUGGAUAAUGACGGGACUGGACCCAGUAGCUACACUCUGGACGCCCUGAUCCGGCAGCUGGGCCAGUUCCACAGCAUCAUGGGGGAUCACGGCCUGGACCCAGAGAUUGUUGGGCAGGUGGUCCGACAGCUGUUCCACUGCAUCAAUGCCGUCACACUCAACAACCUGCUGCUGCGCAAAGACGUGUGCUCCUGGAGUACGGGCAUGCAGCUCAGGUAUAACACCAGUCAGAUGGAGGAGUGGCUCAGAGCAAAUAACUUGUACCAGAGUAAAGCUGCUGCCACGCUGGAGGCCAUCAUUCAGGCUGCUCAGUUACUGCAGGUCAAGAAGAAGACGUCCCAGGACGCAGAGGCUAUCUGUUCUCUCUGCACUGCCCUCACCACACAACAGAUUGUAAAAAUCUUGAACCUGUAUACACCACUAAAUGAGUUCGAAGAAAGAGUCACUGUGUCAUUCAUCCGUGACAUCCAGAGUCGUCUACAGGAGAGGAAUGACCCUCAGCAGCUCCUGGUGGACACCAAACACAUUUUCCCAGUACUCUUCCCGUACACGCCCUCUGCUCUCAGCCUGGACUCUCUGCACAUCCCUGCAUCCCUUGGUUUGGACUUCAUCAACCGAGUCUGACCCAAGCUGAACUGAAGUGGACACAACCGUAGAUACAGAGAGAAAGUAUGUCAUAUGCUCCUGUGGAGUGGACUAACAAGUUUACAUCACUAGGUAUGUUCAGUGCUGUUGAGUCUCCAGUGUAAAAGGUACAAGGUGGCCUAAACAAACAGUUGGACGCUAUACCAGAAAGAAAGGGCAGGUGAAAUGCAUGGAAAGAAGGUUGAUAAUUGCUUCCGAAAAGUUUUUUUUUUUUUUUUUUUUUUUUUUUAAACCACAAAUGAAAAAGAGACAUAUAGGAGAAAGAAUAAUGAAUGAAAGCUGUAUGUUUGAUCAAGGCAGGUGUAUGAUGUAGUGAUACGUUGUGGCCAUUUAUAUGCAAAAACAAAUCUAAGGCACAUUUCCCAGUUUUCUUUGUUGUCUUGCCUUGUCCAAGAAUAGUUAUAAUCUCUUUAAAAUGCCAAUUACAUACAUUUGUGACUUUUGCUUGAUACAAUGAUACAAAUCUGUUUGACUGCCUCUAUGAUAAAGUGCCCUCUGCUGGCAUGUUUUAGAAUUGCUGCCCAGUCCUAAUGGUUUUCACCUCUCAGACAUUGAAUUCUGUGAGGACAUGCACAUGUACAUGGUACUCGAAUAACUUUAUUUUCAGUAAAAUAACAAAGCUAGAUGUGUGUGGAAUAGUGUUGCUGUACAGAUGUCUUUUAUAGAAAUAUUUAAACUACUUUAUAAAAUGCAUGCCUGCAUCCAUCAGUAAUGUAGUUUCUAUAAUUUAACACAGAUUUUUCUGUCAGUUUUUGCAAAGAAGGUCUUUCAAAAUGUUUGCAUGUCAUCAGAGGCAAUACGGGUAAUCUUAAUAGUAAUGUGAUUAAAUUAAGUACCUGUAUAUUUGCAAAAAUGCUUUUUAAAUAAUUACUUAUGUCAUGCUGUCAUCUCUGUACUAAUACUUUGCUGUUCAGAAAUCAAGGAAUCUUUACAGCUGCCUUAAAAUUGUGAAAAUAAAUCGGAUGAGUACAGCCUCUACUUUAUUGGUCGAUUUGUAGAUUGUUUAUAUUUUAAUAUUUUAACGUGCACUACGUAACUUUUGUGGUGGAGGGACCGACACCUGACAGUCUGGAAUGUUACACAAUAUGACAUAGUGCCUUUAUUAAUACAAGUGUUUUUCUUUCUUUUUCUUUGAUUUUAUUUUUUCAAUAAAACAACCUGAAUAUCAUGUUCUUA